AGAUGUGGGAAAUACAACACCAGCACCACCUAUUGAGGAAGUUGAGCAUGUAUUGAGUAUGAGAUCUUCUGUUAGACGAAUAAACCAAAAUUCUGAGCAAAAUAUUAGCGUUCCUCUGCCUCCAAUUGAAACAUUAUCUCCCCAACCACCACCUUACUCAUGGGCCACAAAUAAAGCACAAAAUAAUAAUCAAAGCCAAGACAGUUCUAACUACGAAGUAGCUGUCCCCG